AUGCUACACCGCGAGGGUCUCAAGAAGCAAAAAAUCAAUGCAUACAAUGUGAUGUUGUUGUGUUUUAUCGGCUUUGGGUCGAUGACCUAUGGCUACACAGCCUCAAUUAUUGGCACAACUCUGGGUCAACCAUCCUUCAUCGAAUAUUUCGCCCUGGCUACUAGAAGCAAUGGGACCGACUUGCUAAGUACUAUGAAUGGCCUGUUCCAGACCGGUGGCACUCUGGGUACUCUGAUGCUUCCCUACGUCGCCGACCGCUGGGGUCGGAAAUGGGCAAUCGCGCCGGCGAUCAUUGCCCUUGUUUCGGGAGCCUUCUUAGCGGGCGGCACUAAUAUCGGCGAGUUCUUGCUCUUUCGCUUCUUCGCGGGAGCCGCGGCGUUCAUGAUCCUCGCUGCUGUUCCGAUUUGGAUGUCUGAAGUUGUGCCCGUCGAUUUGAGAGGAGCACUGGUCGACCUUCAUGCCGUUUUUCUUAUCCUCGGUUAUACCAUUCAAGGAUGGGUUGGCUUUGGAUUCUAUUUCUGGGACGGAGGUUCGGCUACGUGGAGACCCCCUCUCGCUCUUCAAUGCGCUUGGCCUCUCUUCCUCCUCUGUGGCAUCUAUUGGGUCCCAGAAUCGCCUCGCUGGUUGAUCAUGAAGGGCCGCAUCGAGGAAGCGAAGCAGAUUCUCUUCAAGUUGCACUCUGAUCCAAGCGACCCGGACAAUGAGUUCGCCAAUGCCGAAUAUUAUCAGAUCCAAAAACAAAUUGCCAUUGAUAAGACUCUGGGUAACACGUGGAUGCACAUGAUCAAGAAGCCGUCCUAUAGAAAACGAUGCUUACUUGCAAUGGGAACGACAUUCAUUAUUCAAUGCUCUGGAGUGUUGGUCAUCAACAAUUAUGGGCCGACUUUAUAUGCGAAUCUUGGAUUCAGCCCCGUCAAACAACUUCUCUAUCCAGCGGCAUGGCUCACUCUCACCCUGGGAAUUAACAUUAUGGCCAUGGCAACAGUCGAUCUAUUCCCAAGAAAUCGGUAUAUGGCAUUCGGCGUGUUAGGAUGUAUGGCCACUCUCAUCAUCGAGGCGGCACUGGUUGCAGAAUUCGUGCCUUCCGACAAUCAUUCAGCUCUCCUUGCGGCUGUGGCGAUGCUUUUCAUCUACCAGAUCUUCUACGGGUUCUGUCUUGACGGCACACAAUUUAGUUACCUUAAUGAGCUGUUCCCUAGCCAUAUCAGAGCCAAAGGUGUCUGUCUGGGAGUCGCCAUGAUUUCUCUCACAAAUACUAUGUGGCUCCAAGCAGCACCAACUGCCUUCAAAAAUAUUGGUUGGAAGUUCUACCUCGUAUUCAUUAUCCCUGGAACCAUUGGUGGAUUGAUCAUGCUGUUCUUCUUUCCCGAUACCAAGGGCGUGCCUCUUGAAGAAAUUGCUGCAAUCUUUGGUGACGCCGACGAGGUUGCCAUCUAUCUACACGAUAUUGAAAUCGAUCACACCACACACAACAUCAUAACUCACGAGCACGACAUAGGAAAGGCCAUCACACCCGUCGUCAACGAGAAUGUCGGAGCCACCAAGGAAUGCGACGAGAGUGUCUAA